CAUCGACGAGUUGAAUAAUAAAAUUUAAUUUUAAGACUUUCUCGUCAAAAUUUUGCAUGAAGAUUUUCAAAUUUGAUCACACAACGAUAAGUAAGCUGCAAAUUAAAAUAUGAAUCCUUAUUUGCCAGUUGCUUCCUCGAGCAGACCAGGUUUCCACAAGCUUGAACUGAACAAAACAUUCUGGGAUGUCCCCAUUCGAUAUCAAGAUCUCGUCUCCAUCGGCUCUGGUGCCUACGGGCAAGUCUGCUCAGCAAGAGAUGUACAAGCACCAGCAGAUGCUCAAAAGUUAGCCAUUAAAAAAUUGGCUCGACCGUUUCAAUCAGCCAUCCAUGCAAAGAGAGCCUUUCGAGAAAUAAAAAUGCUCAAACACAUGCAUCAUGAAAAUGUCAUAUCCCUGCUUGAUUUAUUCACUCCAAGCACCAAACCUGAUGAAACAUUUGAGGAUGUUUACCUUGUGACUCCACUGAUGGGUGCUGACCUCAACAACAUCGUUAAAACUCAGAAACUAUCAGACGACCAUGUACAGUUUUUGGUCUAUCAGAUUCUCAGGGGAUUAAAAUACAUACAUUCAGCAGGAGUCUUACAUAGGGAUUUAAAACCAAGCAAUAUUGCAGUCAAUGAAGAUUGUGAAUUGAAGAUUUUAGACUUUGGACUGGCUCGUCUGACUGACGCUGAGAUGACGGGCUAUGUGGCAACUAGGUGGUACAGAGCACCAGAGAUCAUGCUCAACUGGAUGCAUUACAAUAAAAAUGUUGACGUUUGGUCUGUUGGUUGCAUAAUGGCAGAGUUGUUAACUGGAAAACCAUUGUUUCCCGGCACAGAUCAUAUAGACCAAUUGAAGAAAACAAUGGCUUUGACUGGGACACCCAAUGCCACUCUGCUAGCAAAAAUAACAAGUGAAGAAGCAAAACGAUUUAUAAAAUCUCUGCCAGUGAUGGAGAAAAAAAAUUUCAAUGAAUAUUUCAAAGGACACAAUCCUGAGGCCAUAAAUCUGCUGGAAAAGAUGUUGGAUCUGGACCCAGACACGAGAAUCAGUGUUGAAGAUGCAUUGGUACAUCCAUAUCUUGCUCAUUACUCAGACCCCGAAGACGAGCCCGUUUCAGAACUUCUCGAUCAGGCUUUUGAAGAUCAAAGCUUGGACGUUCCUGCAUGGAAAAAUUUGAUAUUUGCUGAAAUAGAGAAUUUCACUCCUCCAUUGAGACACGAGCCUAUGGAUGACAACUGA